ACCACGCACGCUCUAUUGGUUUUGGGUUUACCUGGAAAAUUUUCUUCCGGAUAGACUGGAAAUCAUCGGUUUACGGAACGCAACAAAUACAUGUGAAUACUUUUCAUUACAAAGCACACAGAGCAAAAACUUCUCAGCCUCUAUUCCGUCUGAUGGCGGCGGGACUGCGCGUGGUCCGAGGCCCAGACUGGACCCUGGGGGACAGCGAUGGUGGAGAGGGGCACCUAGGGACGGUGGUGGAUGUACGGGAGAAUGAGGCGGUGGUCGGUGUGGCGUGGGACGUCGGAAACACCACGACCUGUCGUAUCGGAAAGGACCAGAACUACGAUCUACGAGUGUUCGAUAAUGCGACCAUCGGAAUUGUAUUUAGGGAAAAGAAAUGUUCGGAGUGUAGAGCAGAACCAAUUUAUGGCAUGUGUUGGAAGUGUACAAGCUGCGGUGAUGUCUGUAUCUGCUCCGUAUGUUACUUCAGAGACAAACACAGCACUGAUCAUGCGUUCAUCAGAUACACAACACCAAACAGUGAGGGAGUGGAAGUUAAGAAGCGUUUCUCUAGCAUGUCUUUGAGGUCCCUGGGAAUGUACCCUGGUGCAAUGGUUACUCGGAGAAAGCCUGACUGGGAAUAUGGAGAUCAAGAUGGUGGAGACGGUGCAGUGGGAACCGUUCGGGACAUCCGAAGUUUUAAGAAAGACAUGUCUCAUCGCAAUGCUGUGGCAGUCACGUGGCCAUCCGGAAAAUCGUACGUCUACCGCGUUGGAUACAACGGGAAGAUGGACCUUGUAUGCAAAGAAGUGGCGAGAGGGUUUGAGUUUUAUCGUGAACAUCUUCCUGUUUUAGAUUCCAGUAUGAUUCAGGACAUACCCAAGAUGGCAUCUACUACACGCGUCAAAAUCGGGGACGAAGUUUGUAUCACACUGUCUGUCAGAGAACUGAGAGAAGCACAGCAAAACUUUGGGGGAUAUCAGGACGAAAUGGAAAGUGUUAUUGGUAAACGAGGGGUGAUCGAUGGAUUCACUGAUAGCGGCGGGAUCCUUGUUAAAUACCAAGAAAACCGAUGGGUCUUUAACCCUAGAGCUCUCGGCAAAAUUUGGCAUGCCACUGUUGGUGAAACUGUUCGUGUAAAGGAUGAACAGCAAAAAGUUGAAGCCUUGCAGAAAGGGCAUGGGGAAUGGAACCCUAAAAUGGCAAAGGUUUUGGGAAAAGUCGGAAAAAUUGCGAGAAUCACUCCGAAAAAGGAUGUAGUUGUCUCGUUUGGAAGGAAACACUGGGUGUUUAAUAUUGCUUGCUUGAGGCCGUGCCCCGGGGCCGAGGUUGACCAAAUAGAGGAAGAAGAUGAUCUGUCCUUGUCCAUUGCACAUGCUGGAUUGACAAACGGGUUGGGGUUGCUAUUAGAACAACUACGGAUCCUUGCAGCAGCUCAGUCGACCAAGUUUUCACCCGAAAAGUUUCUUAAAUUGGCGUCUGAUGGAGACGACAAAGUGGUUUUACAAAUGGUAAAAGGCGAACCAAACUUGUGUAACAUGCGAAUAAAAGGAACCACGGCAUUGAUUGUUGCUGCCUUUGAGGGGAGGGACGACGUCGUCAAGGUUUUGUUAUCUAAUGGAGCGAAACCAAACCUUACGGAUGAUAACGGAAACACAGCACUUCUUGCAUCUGUUUCUGCGGAUAAAGUCAGUAUCGUUCGAAUCUUAUUGCAAACCGGAUGUGACGUAAACGCUGCAAACAAAGACCGAAGAACAGCGAUUCACGUUGCAGCCAAGGCUGGUUUUGAAGAAGCAGCAAAACUUUUGUUAGCAAAUAAUUGUAGCGUAAACGUCAAGGACGCUGCAGAGAACACCCCCCUCCAUGAGGCGAUUGAGAACAGCCAGGAUGCCAUCAUAGUUCUUCUUGCUGAUGCUAAAGGCAUUGAUUUCAGGAUUGUCAACAAGCUGGGUUUCAAUGCUCUCAUAUUUGCCGCGCUCAAGGGAAAUAAAACUGCAGCAAAUAAAGUUACAGCAAAAUGCCCAGAAUUGACUGAUGAACCGGACUCGAAGAGCAACAACACAGCCCUCCAUGUUGCUGCUGUGAACAACAGGACGGAAAUAGCAACGAUUCUGCUUGUGCAGGGAAGAGCAGAUACAGAAAAGACAAACAAAGAUGGCCGUACACCCCUACACUUGGCUUGCAUUGAGGCUUACUACGAUAUGGUCAAAAUUCUCCUAGAUCAUAAUGCUCGCGUUUCUCCCGCUGACAAUGACGGCAACACUCCAAUGCAUUGCGCUCUUGGAGGUUCCAGAUCCCAACCUUUGAUUCUGAUCUUGAUGGGCCAUCGCGUUCAGACGAAGACGGAGAGAGUCAAGAUUGCGUGCAUGCUGCUUGAAUUUGGCGCCAAACUCGACCAGAGAAACAAAAAAGGCCAGCAGGCAAUCGAUCUUGCAGAAACUGACGUCAAAUCAGCAGUACAACAACACGCUAAUGACGUAUCUCAGAGGAGGAAUAGAAGCCAAGGUCGCCAGAGACCCAGUUCUGGAAGACAGGAACGAGAAAUGUUUAAACAGGAAAUGGUCGUUCCCUGUUUCGUCUGCUUUCGUCAGACCGGAAGUGUUACCACAGCGCCGUGUGGACAUAGAUGUUUAUGUCCGAACUGUAGUUUCCAGGUCGAGGAGUGUCCUGUUUGCUUGCAGACUAUCGAGCGACGCUUGGACCCGCAGGGAAAGGAUGUUCAGGUACUGAAAUUGGAUGACCUUUGCAAGGUUCAAUGAUUCAUUAACCAGGGCGUUUCCAUAUCAGCGUUUCCUUAAACACAUGACUGAUGGCCGUUUUAUUGGGAUGCCGAAUUGAUACCGGUACUAUCCGGACUUAUUAUAUAUAUAUAUAUAUAUAUAUAUAUAUAUAUAUAUAUAUAUAUAUAUAUAUAUAUAUAUAUAUAUAUAUAUAUAUAUAUAUAUAUAUAUGCAUACUGCAGAUCUACAAAAUGUGAUGAAAAUAUUUUUUCUUGUAUUUCAUUUGUGUGAUUUUGAUACGCCAAGAUAUAAAUAUAAAAAGGAUGUAAAAUAAACAAUUUACAUUCGAUAUGGCAAUUUCAUAUUGUAUAUAUUAUGUAUCACUAUAUAUGGUGCAAGCGUACUAAAACUAUAGUAUUGUAUUGACAGUUUUGUAUUGUAAUACCGGUAUGUAUGUUUUGUACAGUUUGUCUCAGUACUUGUCGGUUGUUUAUUUUGUUAAGUUUUCAUUAACAAUUAUGAUUUUAACUAAAAUGAAUUGCUAUGUUGGCAGAUUUAUUGAAUAAAUCUUCUUCAAACCUG